CCUCCUGGCCUCCCGGGAACUACAAGUCCCAGGGGGCCUGGCGGUGGGCGGCGGGCGGAAGAGGCGGGGUCGGCGCCUCGAGGCCGGAAGUGGCCUUGGAGGCGGAAGUGGCGCGGCCGCGGAGGGGCCUGGAGCACGGCGGCGGGACCCGGGGCGGGAGCGGCGGCAGCGGCGGCGGCCGGGGGCGGCGGUGGUGCGCUGGAAGCGGCCAUGGCAAAGCAGUACGACUCGGUGGAGUGUCCCUUUUGUGAUGAGGUGACCAAAUAUGAGAAGCUCGCUAAGAUCGGCCAAGGCACCUUCGGGGAGGUGUUUAAAGCAAAGCAUCGCAAGACCGGCAAAAAGGUGGCUCUGAAGAAAGUUCUGAUGGAGAACGAGAAGGAGGGGUUCCCUAUUACAGCCUUGCGAGAAAUCAAAAUUCUCCAGCUUCUCAAACACGAGAAUGUGGUCAACUUGAUUGAGAUCUGUCGAACCAAAGCGUCCCCCUAUAACCGCUGCAAGGGCAGUAUCUACCUGGUGUUUGACUUCUGUGAGCACGACCUGGCUGGGCUGCUGAGUAACGUCUUAGUCAAGUUCACACUGUCUGAGAUCAAGAAGGUCAUGCAGAUGCUGCUCAAUGGCCUCUACUACAUCCACAGGAACAAGAUCCUGCACAGGGACAUGAAGGCCGCUAAUGUGCUCAUCACCCGAGACGGGGUCCUGAAGCUGGCAGACUUUGGCCUGGCUCGGGCCUUCAGCCUGGCCAAGAAUAGCCAGCCCAACCGCUACACCAACCGUGUGGUGACACUUUGGUACCGGCCCCCGGAGCUGUUGCUCGGGGAGCGGGACUACGGCCCCCCCAUUGACCUGUGGGGUGCUGGGUGCAUCAUGGCGGAGAUGUGGACCCGCAGCCCUAUCAUGCAGGGCAACACGGAGCAGCACCAGCUCGCCCUCAUCAGCCAGCUCUGUGGCUCCAUCACCCCUGAGGUGUGGCCCAAUGUGGACAAGUAUGAGUUAUUUGAGAAACUGGACCUGGUCAAGGGCCAGAAGCGGAAGGUGAAGGACAGGCUGAAGGCCUAUGUGCGCGACCCCUAUGCGCUGGACCUCAUCGACAAGUUGCUGGUGCUGGACCCCUCGCAGCGCAUCGACAGUGACGAUGCCCUGAACCACGACUUCUUCUGGUCCGACCCCAUGCCCUCGGACCUCAAGGGCAUGCUCUCCACCCACCUGACGUCCAUGUUUGAGUACCUGGCACCGCCCCGCCGGAAGGGCAGUCAGAUCACCCAGCAGUCCACCAACCAGAGCCGCAACCCCGCCACCACCAACCAGACAGAGUUUGAGCGCGUCUUCUGAGGACCGGCUGCUAUCAAGCUUUCCAUUAGGGCUGUUUUGUUUUUUUUCUUCUGCUACGUGACUCACGUUGUGGAGAGCUGGGGCUUUCUCCCUAGUGCGCGCUCUAUUUAACCCCCACGUUGGGCACUGGGAGCACUAGCUGAGCAGACUGGAGGAAGCUUUGGCUGCAGGUCCAGGAGGGCACGGAGCUGCCUUCCUGGUGCCCUGGCUUUUGGGGUGGUGUCCAGAGGACAGGACUGAGGCGGGAGCGGAGGCUCACCCCACCAGAGACUUGCGGUGUGCCCCCAGUGUGAUGGAGAAGUGGCCAGAUCCCCGUCCCCAGCCUUCUUCUGGGCUGAUGAGAAACUUGAGUGGGGUCAGAACCAGCCUUGGGAGCGGGCCGCCCUGGGCCUGGCUCCCAGCAGCACUGGCUGGUGGAAACUUGGUUUCUUCGAUGGAAGAAUUUUAUGGUGUUUCUUUUGUUCCGGUUGUUUGGAGACAUUUCUGGACAGUUUGGUCAGUUAUGAUUAAAGUUGACUUUUUUUCAGUGA